AUCUUUAUACAAUAGAAUAAAAUAAGACGAAAAACCAAUGUUCAGUGAUUGAAUACACUGUAAAUACCGUUACUUUUGUUUUAUUGUUUUAAAUUCUCACUAUGUGGAUGCCAAAAAUAGACUGGAUGCAGAAUAGACCAAGUACCUCCAAGAGGAAGCUGAUUGGUUAAAAUUUUCCCCUCCCGGCUCCCCCCGACAGGAGCGUAAUAGUUUGCGUGGGAGCUUGGAAUGAGCAUCAUACAUAAAUAUGGACCAGGCGUCCAAGAACCUCAGAAUCACUGUGACCAGGAGUGAGCAGGAGUCGACUGGAACUUGACAUUUUAUACCGGAUUGCGAUUCAAUAGAAUCUUUCGGAGAUGAAUAAAGUAGUCUGUAUAAUUUUGCUCUUGACUGUGGGGCUCUAUUUCUGCGAAGGAGUUGAUCCCUGCUGUGCACAGCCCUGUGAAAAUAGGGGGUUAUGUAAUUCAAAAGGCUUUGACAACUAUGAGUGCGACUGCACAAGGACGGGAUAUUAUGGAAAGAACUGCACAACUCCUGAAUUCCUAACAUGGAUUAAAAUAUCAUUGAAACCAGCUCCGAACACUGUUCACUACAUCCUUACUCACUACAAAGGGUUGUGGAACGUCAUCAACAAGAUCACCUUUGUGAGAAACGCUAUAAUGAGCUAUGUCCUGACAUCCCGCUCACAUUUGGUGGACAGCCCACCGACUUACAAUGCUGAUUAUGGCUACAAAAGCUGGGAGGCCUACUCCAACCUGUCUUACUACACACGGACGCUCCCCCCAUUGCCAAAGGACUGCCCUACACCUAUGGGAACCGCAGGAAGAGCAGUGCUCCCAGAUGUCAAACUUGUGGUGGAGAAGGUUUUGUUGAGGAAGCGGUUUAUUCCGGAUCCUCAGGGUUCCAAUCUCAUGUUCGCCUUCUUCGCCCAGCACUUCACCCACCAGUUCUUCAAAUCAGACUUAAAGAAAGGACCAGCUUUCACCAAAGCCUUGGGCCAUGGCGUGGACUUAAACCAUGUUUAUGGAGACAGUCUGGAGAGACAGCACAAGCUGAGGCUGUUCAAGGAUGGCAAACUGAAGUAUCAGGUUUUGAAUGGCGAGGUCUACCCCCCAUUGGUAAGGGAGGUUGGGGCCGAGAUGCACUACCCACCCCAAGUGCCCGAGGAGCACCGCUUCGCUGUGGGCCACGAGCAUUUUGGCUUGGUCCCCGGCCUCAUGAUGUAUGCCACCAUCUGGCUGCGCGAGCACAACCGUGUCUGUGACGUCCUGAGGCAGGAGCAUCCCGAAUGGGACGAUGAACGCAUCUUCCAGACCACACGCCUCAUCCUAAUUGGCGAGACCAUUAAGAUCGUGAUCGAGGACUAUGUCCAGCACCUGAGUGGCUACCACUUCCAGCUCAAGUUCGACCCGGAGCUCCUCUUCAACCAGCGUUUCCAGUACCAGAACCGUAUCGCAGCCGAGUUCAAUACCCUGUACCACUGGCACCCGCUGAUGCCUGACACCUUCAGCAUUGAGGACCGUGCCUACACCUACACCCAGUUUGUCUUCAACAACUCCCUGGUCACAGAGCACGGCAUCAACAACCUGGUGGAGUCCUUCACCAAGCAGAUUGCUGGAAGGGUGGCUGGUGGACGGAACCUGCCUCCUGCACUAGUGGGCGUGGCAGCUAAGGCCCUGGAGCACAGCAGAGACAUGCGUUACCAGUCCCUCAACGCCUACAGGAAACGCUUCAACAUGAGGGCCUACACCUCCUUUGAGGACCUCACAGGAGAGACAGAGCUGGCUGCAGAACUAGAGAGUCUAUAUGGGGACGUAGAUGCUGUGGAGCUGUACCCAGGCCUUCUGGUGGAGCGCCCCAGACCUAACGCUGUUUUCGGGGAGACUAUGGUCGAGAUGGGUGCACCCUACUCCCUGAAAGGUCUCCUGGGAAACCCCAUUUGCUCGCCGGAAUACUGGAUGCCCAGCACGUUCGGAGGGAGUGUGGGCUUUGACAUCGUCAACACUGCUUCAUUGGAGAGGCUGGUGUGCAGCAAUGUCAAGGGCUCUUGUCCGAUGGUGUCCUUUCAAGUGCCUGAUUUUUUGAGAGCAUUUGAGUCGGCGUCAGUCAACACAAGUGAGGCACACCUGAGGGGCAUGAACCCAGGUGUUGUGUUCAAAGAAAGGACUUUAGAAAGAAGGAAGUGCAGCUACCCACACAGAAAGUUCAGUAUGUCAAGCCCAACACCAGCUGAAGAUGAGGUGCAAGCAAUCCAAACAGGCCCCAAGGGUGUAAUCAAUGACUGGAGGAAGUUCAAGUGUGAGGACCAGGACACCCCUCCCAGCAAGAAGGCGCUCCUCAGACAGAUAUCCAACCCCCAGAGCGACGACAUCCACGACAGACUUAACCGCAAGAUGAGUGUCCAGGAGUACGAGAUGAUUGCAGAGGAGGAUGAGAAGGGCCUGCGCAAGUACCGCAAGCAGUGCAUGAAGGAGAUGCACGAGCGAUUCAGCUUUGGGCCGACAUUCGACAGCGUGGUGGAGCUGGACAAUGGCGAGGCCUUCCUGGAGGUCAUUGAGAAGGAGCACCGGCUCACCCUGGUAGUCGUCCACAUCUACAAGGACGGAGUCAAAGGCUGCGAGGCGCUCAACUCCUGCCUAGACUGCCUGGCCACCGAGUACCCCAGCAUCAAGUUCUGCCGCAUCGAGGCGGCCGCAACGGGAGCCGGCGAGCGCUUCUCAGACGACGUGCUGCCCGCCAUGCUGGUUUACAAAGCAGGCGAGCUGCUAGGAAACUUCCUGUCCAUGACACAGCACCUCAGCGAGGAGUUCUUCGCCGCCGAUAUCGAAGCGUUCCUCAAUGAAUACGGCCUCCUCCCCGAGAAGGAGUUUGUGGCUUGUCCUGAUGAGGAGGAGGCGGCAGGUGUUGAGGUGGAGUAAGGUUUUUUUAUAGGGUGUCAGUGAGUCAGUGCACAUUUCUGGACUCAUUAGCCUACUGUAAAUGCAGUCUUUUUAAACAGCCUCCAGUCAGCUUCAGUUUACCACAGGCAGUGUCCAUUAACAUGGGCAAAGCUACAGAUUUCAAGCAGCCAUUACUAGCUCAAUAUAUGUGUAUCACUGCGAAAUGCUUUUUCCUUUUCGCUUUAACCAUUGUAUUGGUAUAUUAUUGAUAAGUAUAUGACAUUGCAAUCUUUGUGAAAGGUUGUGUUGGCGUCACAGUAUGUGAUCCUGCGGUUGGAGUAAUGCACCCCAUUUUAUGGCUUGGGCUACUUUAUCACCAUUGGCCCAAUGUCAUUGUAUUUUCUGCUAUAUUUUCACGAUGUUUGAAAUCAAAAGGGAUAAAGUGUUAACCCCAAGUCAGUCAUUAAAAGCAGUAUUUC